CCCCACCAAUGGCACCAACCAGUCUAUAUGGGAGGGUGGGACUAUGCAAAUAAGGUGUGACAGGCAAACAUCGUGAUCUGGGUUCUGCUUACUGCCCCCCAAAAAAACAUCUCACUGUGAGCAAGUGACACAGCUAGAGAAAACAGGAGCAAGACAGAAGGACCACUACAGGGAAUACAGAAUAUAUACAGAGUAUAUCUUUCACUGUUAAGCAGAAAUGGGGAAACCAAACAGCAAGCUGGCACCUGAGAUGCUGCAGGACCUGGUUCAGAGCACAGAGUUCAGUGAGCAGGAGCUAAAGCACUGGUACAAAGGUUUCUUAAAGGACUGUCCAUCAGGCAUCCUUAAUCUACAAGAGUUUCAGCAACUCUACAUUAAGUUCUUCCCGUAUGGUGAUGCCUCUAAGUUUGCUCAACAUGCCUUUCGUACAUUUGACAAGAAUGGAGAUGGGACAAUAGAUUUCAGGGAAUUCAUUUGUGCUUUGAGUGUCACCUCACGGGGGAGCUUUGAGCAGAAACUCAACUGGGCAUUUGAGAUGUAUGAUCUGGAUGGAGAUGGCAAGAUCACGCGACUGGAGAUGCUGGAAAUAAUAGAGGCUAUCUAUAAAAUGGUUGGUACUGUCAUUAUGAUGCGAAUGAAUCAGGAUGGUCUCACCCCACAACAAAGAGUCGAUAAAAUCUUUGCAAAGAUGGACAAAGACAACGAUGACCAGAUCACCUUGGAAGAAUUUAAGGAAGCAGCAAAAAGUGACCCCUCUAUAGUCCUGCUCCUUCAAUGUGACAUGCAGAAAUAGCACUCACAGAGCCCCAGCAACUCCUGUGAGCUCCCUGCAUGCAUGUCACCACCUUCCCAGUUCCACAGCGUACAGGUGCUUCCACCUGUCUCUCACGCUGGACUGCCCCGUCAUGUAAGAUGAACCUGACAAUGCGACUAUUUGCAAAUCAGGAUUCAGAAUCCAAAAUCUUGUUACAUGAAAUAUAUAUGCAUAGAAAAAUAAUGUAAAACCAUUGCAGGGCAGUUUGGUUCAUUCUUUUGUUGGUUUUCCUGUCUAUUAUAUUUUUGGAUUUGCAAUAAGGUUGUUUGAAGAUCAUGCACCUAUUUUUUUUUUUUUAAAAGGCACUAUAACUUAUAGUGGAAUAACUAUGCUGCCACACUUUCACUCUCUUUUACUCUAUUAGAAAACAUAGGGAGUUGUCCUUGCAAUGAACAGUUUCACUUUGUUUGACUUGCCUCGCUGCAUAUGUCAGCUCCUGCUUCUCAUUCUGUUAGGCUGGGCAACUUCUAUUAUAGCACUAAGCGAGGGCUAUGGGAAGCCAAGGAAGGUUGUCGCAAGUCGGUCUGAGACAAUGGUAGCUCAAACAACACUAAACUUAUAAAUGCCAGGGGAAAAGCUGAAGGAAAAUAAAUUUUCAUUGUCUGCUUAAUAUUUACAUAGACAAAUACAAAGUUAGUAUAAAAUCAAAGUAUAGUGGCUCUUUAAACAAUUGAAAAUCAGGGGUGUAACUAUAGAGGAAGCAGGCCCUGUGGCUGCAGGGGGUCCAGGAGGUAUAGGGGGUCCCAUAACAACCUCUGGAUAUGUUGGGGGCCCUAAAAUUAAUUUGCUAUAGGGCCCAGUAACAUCUAGUUACACCACUGUGGAAAACAUAUACAUUUAGAGGACAUUUUCAAGUCACUCAUGAACAGUGCCAUAACAGGGCAAUCAACUGUCAACUUUUUAUAAAAAAAAGUUUCAACAACACAUGAAGAAUGGCUUUGCUUCAAAUAUUGCAAUAUAUCUGUCGCUAUGUUUGCCUGAAGACUAAAGAAGUCACUUCAUUGUAUACAAUUAGUGCAAUGUGUAAUAUAUAAAUUGGCAGCUUCAACAAGUCAGUGAGUGCCUAUCAUUUUAGACACUGGGAUCUGCAGACAGGUAAAGGGAAAGAUAAUGUUAUGCCUGUAAUAUAUCAAACAUUCAGCUUGUUAUGUAUAUGGUGACUGUGUUAUAUUAAUAUGGUGUUUAGACUCUACACAUUACAUUGUUGCAGUGCUAUGGAUAUACACAUUGCGCAUUUAUGUAUAUGGAGUUAUAUGAUUUACUCAAGGCUUUCUGUCUGAUCUAUGCAGUGCAUUGUAUGCUAUUGAUACAGUGCUGUAUAUGUUACAAUAAGGCUGCCAGUGAUAUAGAACCUUGCAUGUGAUACGUAGUGUCCUAGCUAUGCAUGAUGAUUAUGCAUAGUGCAGUGAUUUGCUGAUGCAUACUCAUACAGUGUCUCACCAGUUCAGUAUAUAUGUGACUUUUUGGGUAUAUUAUCUGUACUUUCUUGUGCAAUAUAUUCACAGUGCUUUGCAUUUUACACAGUGUGGCAUUUGGUUAUAAAAAUGCAAAGCACUGCCUGUAUAGUUUUUCCAAAUCGUAUGUUUUCUAACCAGUACACUUACUUACUGUGUUUAGUGGUAGUGGGAAACUAGGGGAAUUUUGCUGCCAAUGGCACGUACAGCAUGCGACACUGUUUGUGCAUCAGCCACAAGGUUGCAGCCAAUGUACUAGUGGUUCUAUGGGAGGAACUAGUGAUGUGCGGUCAGGAAAACCUCAACCUGCACUUGACCCUAACUCACAAAACCUUAACGUGCAAAAUGUUGCCAUUGUAGGACAUAUACCUGACCCGUACCCAUGUAAUUUCACUCUGUACGCUACUUCUGUGUGCACCUCUUGGGAGCAGUGAUGGAUAUACUUCCCCAGUCUGGCCCUCAUCCAACCCUAACUUGCAAUGUUGGCUACAUUUCAACAUGAACCUGCCCAACUGAUGAUCAACCCGUGGGUCACAAUGGGUUUCGGGUCAACCUGCACAUCACUAGGGGGAACCCUCUGACAGUUUAUAGAAAUUUGAGGAAAAUUACUAUUUUUUUCCCUCAGACUCCUUGAAGCUCAGCUUGAAAGUCAUGUAGAAUGAGAUUUAGGGUGAAAAUUAUUUUUUUGUCCGCCAUACACAGACAGAAAUAAGCUGCUGACUUGGCCACUCAAGAAUGAGUUGGUGGCUUAUUGGGCCAUGUAGGGAAACUUUCUGAGGCUUCCUUGAUUGAUGACAGGUCAGAAAGUGGGCAGUCAUUGUGCAGGUUUGAAAGUCACCUUGGAGAGGACCACAUUUGUGCAUUUAUUGAGGUCCUUGCCAUAUGGGUCUCCGUCGGCCUAUUUGCCUACCAUCAGAUUAGUCCAAUUUGAUCCACCGUGUAAGUGGACAAAUCAGGCAAAGAUCUGCUUGUAUGGUGAGGUGACAAAGGUGUACAUAUGUCUAUAACCUUGUUAUGAACUACAGUUGAAAGGUGUAUACAUCAGUAGAACAAAGAAUGACCAAUUUUAAGCAUUAAUUUGUGCGUGGUCUGCUUAAGUCCCAGAAACGACUCAUUUACAAAGCUAGUUUACACUACUAAAUUUUGCUAUCUGCUGUAGCAGGUUUUUUUACCCAUAAUGUAAAAAUGUUGUGGUUUAACAGAAUUCAGCAUACAGCUUAGCAUCUGGGUUGAUAUAUACACAAGUUGUAUUCACGUUUUGCUGUUAUUACAGUGGGUGUUGCAACAUUUCUGCAUUAUAAUGCAGCAAUGUUUGUCCAAUACGGACACCAAUUAGUGCCAAUGUUAGUGUGAAUGGCAUAAUAUUAUUGACACACCACAGCUAAGGCACCAGCAUUAUAGUAUGUUUUAUUAGCUGGUUGGUUACAUAUUUAGGUGUAAUGUACAAAGGAAGCUAACAUUGGGAACACUGGAAUUGGUAAUCAGCCAUUGGGGAGUGGAUGCAGCAAUGCAGCUGUAUCAAUAUUUAUGUGUUACUUUGCUUGGGCAGAUGAGACACCAAAUGUUGGUUUCCUUUCAGUGCUAGCAGAUACUUUUUGAUUAACUGAACCAAACUAAUCUUUAAUUAUUCAUUGCUAAAAUGAAGGAGGUAGUAAUCAUUCCCAGGGCAGUCUAACUAAACAGAAAUGUCUGAUUUGAUGAUGUAUGUACUGAAUAGCAUCAGAAAGGCUAUUAGCCAUUCAUAUUGCAUGAUGAUGCAUUCGUGGUAAGUUUGAAGAUAGCAGAACAGUCUGUGCGUCCAAAAUUGUUCAAUGUUCCUGCUAAUAUCUGGCUUGGGGGAAUUCUUGUCAGAUAACCUGGUAUAAAACCCUGACUUUUAAGCUGCAGAAUGAACAUUACUGAAAAGUGUCAAGUAUGCACAAGGGCCCCUAAGGUGAGGCGGCACUCAGCAAUACCCUUGAGGGGCAUAAUACUAGAUAUUCUAUUACUUUAUGUGUGUGUGUCUGAUCUGUACAAGUGGACUUUGUCUAUUUUUCUAUCUGAAAAUAAAAUGAUUGACAAAA